AUGGUUAGUUGCUUUUGCGAGGUAAGAAAGAGCCUGCGUCACUGGGCGAAAGGGUGGCUACUGAACACUCGAAGGCCGCACGACGGAGGCGGCAAAUUCGGCCCUCGCCCAAAGCACCACCCGGACGGGCGUCGCGUUGAGGAUACACGGAAGUGUGCCAGAUUUUGUGCCGCCGAUGACACGACCGACGGAUGGCGGAGGGUUCAUUUACGGGCAAGUCGUAAAUUCAACACGACGACCGUCGUCGACGAAGACCUAGAAACGCGGGCGCCGGCAGAUGAGGCGGAAGAAAACGCAUCGAAAAAGCGUGCUGCCCUUCCGACGGCGAUGUCGAUCGUCGUCGGGGCUGGCAGAAGGGGGCACAUGAUGUUUGCCAAGCCGUUCGGUUCCUUGAACGCGAGGCAUGGCUUUUUCAAGCCGGCGCCCAGUCGCAGUCGUACGACGUUCCCGUUUUCUGGCCAGUGCAAAAAAGCUCAAACAACAGCGGUCUGGGCUGGUAAACUACUUUCCAUCCGAUGCCAUAAACCGAAUUCGAGAGCGGCCGUUUUUUGCCACCGAAUAGGAGCAUCGGGUCGCGUGCCGCAUCUGGCCCCGUCCCAAGACCCGUCGUGUCAUUUGACCCGGCUGCCCUCGAAACCAUGA